UGGGUAUAUGACAUACGGGUUCCCGGCCAGCAGCGCACAAUCGUUAAUGAGCGCUCGUCGAAUUCGGUUCGCAGUCUGGAAGCGCUUGCUUUCGCGUUCGAAGAUCUCUAGUUUUCGAGGCGUGUGUUCGAGUUUCGAAUGAGUUUUGAAAACCUGAAUUAAAUUCUGAAAUCUGAAAUAAAAAUUCAAAUAAAAACGAAUAUUCUGGUGACUCUAAGUGAAGCAUGUCCAGUGCUCAAGUGUCGCAACAGCCGCCGCCGCCGCUAACGCCAAAUAAUACCAGUUCGAUGCCGUCGCAGUUGCUGCUGAGCCACAUUCACCAGCACCACAGCAAUAGUUUGCACCACCAGCUCACCCAUCCGAGAUCCUCGCCGCCAGUCCAGCCCUCGCAGGACUACGAUCAGGCCAGCAAUCACUCCACACUGUCGCCGAGAUCCCAGACAACUCCCAGUCCUCCGGCGGCCGGGGGAAGUCCUACCCACUCGACGGCCACCACCGGUUCCCCGCAUAGCGCCUACGCACCGGGCCUGAGUCCAGGAGGAUCGGGCAGUACCCAGGAUAACACCACCACGGAUAGCAGUCACCUCGGCCAGUCAGUCAUGCCGUUGUUGGUAACUCCAUUGCCAGUCGGAGCAGCUCCACCGCCGCCUCCACCACAUCCCAGGCUCUAUGUGGACGGAUUCCCGCCGCCACCACCGCCACCACAUCACGUGCCACAUCCCCAUCCCGCCCUGGGCGCCUAUCCCCUGCCACGUCUGCCCAUAGCCGCCGUCAUGUUGCCCGCCAGUGCACCGCCGGUGGGAGUGCAGCCGCCGAACAUCUCCCCACAACCCGCCAGUAAUCACCUGAGCCACAGUGCCGGCCCCUUGGCGGCAACCACCCUGCUGCCGCCCUCCCACAGCCAGCCCAAGAAGUCCUUCUGCAUCGACGCCCUCCUGGCCAAGAGCCAGCACCAGGCCACUGGUGAGCCACAGCCCAUCAUUGUGGACGAUCGUCUGGCGGCGUUGCACUAUGCCCGGGAUCAGGCGGAACUGAACCAUGCCUUUGUGGCCGCCUCCAAUGCGGCGGCGGCAGCCCAGGCAGCAGCUUCGGUUGCCGGCGGGAUCAGCGAGCAGGAGGCACUGCAGCGCAUUAGGGAGUCCAGAGAAUACGACUCUCCCAGUCCCGACGGCAUGUCAAGAUCGGAGUCACCCAGCUCUUCACACCGCUCUAGUCCGCCCAUCAGUCCGGGAUGCGAGGAUCAACAGCCCCAGGGUGGGAUGCAUCCCCAGCACCUCUCCAUGCGCAUGUCCGAUCUCCACGACGAGUUCAAGAAGCCCGUACCGCCUCACAGUCCCAUCAGGCCACAGGAUUUUCCGCUCUAUGCCGGAGGACAUCCCUACCAGCUGCUGGCCCAGGGAGGAUCUGCCUUUCAUAGACCUCUGGAUCCAUCCGGAAAACCCAUACCGCUUCCCAUGGGUCACAAUUUCAUGCCCUCGCAGCUGCAAUUUGAGUUUCUAGCCCGCGCCGGAAUGCUUCAUCACCGGAUCCCCGAACUGGCCGCCUAUCCGCAUCAUGCCAUUCUGGGCAAGACGAGGAGACCCCGAACGGCCUUCACCUCACAGCAGUUGCUCGAACUGGAGAAGCAGUUCAAGCAGAACAAGUAUCUCAGCCGGCCGAAGCGAUUUGAGGUGGCCAGUGGCCUGAUGCUGUCGGAGACGCAGGUGAAGAUCUGGUUCCAGAACCGGAGGAUGAAGUGGAAGCGCUCCAAGAAGGCCCAACAGGAGGCCAAGGAGCGAGCCAAGGCCCAGCAGCAACAGCAGCAGCAGAGUACCGCCAGUUAGGAGGAGUAAGGAUAAGAUCCUCCAAUCUAGUCAUGCCGCGAUCAAAACCGCCGUCCCACCACCAUUAUUCCAAAAAACACUUGAAUGAGACACUCUGUUUUCCUUACCCAGUUUCAUUUUUUUGUGCAAUUCGUUGAAGUCGGUUUUCCCAGUCGAUUUCAAUUAUUAUUUUUAUUUUGUGCCACAACUACUAGCGGCACUGUGUGAUAUAUGUAAACAAGAAAUAUAAAUUAAAUUCAUUAGCCAGCCUCUGCCCCCUCACUAGACCCUCUAUGUACAUAAACAUAAAUCUAAAUAGGAACAUACGAAAUAAAUAAUAAAAUAAACAUAAAUCUAAACUGAAUGAGUAAUGCCUAAGUAAAUAAAAUAAAUUAAAUGCGA